AGGUAAAACCUAAAUCAAUCAAACGUUCAGUGCAGAUGGAACUCACCCUUUUUGACUAGACCAUUCAUUGUUGUCGAACAAUCAUCUUCUUUAUAUCUAAUUUGAUACGUCUCUUUUAGGAGACAAUGUAUCCGUUAAUGUUCACACUUACAGCCUUCUUACUAUGCAUUCCAGCUACAUUUGGAAAAACUGUGUCGGGAGUUUUCAAGAGCGAUGCAGCCAGAGAGCAGAAUGGACAGUACAUCACAAAAUUCAUGUACAACGUGGGUAGUGGUCUGGUGGUGUGCAGGCUGGAGAAUGCUACCCUGGCCGUGGAGAAGGAGUCCAGACUGCUGCUCUUCCCGGAGACGGAGGACGGCUUUGACAUCGACAACCUCAGCUGCCACGACCGCCUCUCCAAGGCACAGCUCUCCAUCCGUCUGAGAGAGGAGGAGCACAACCAGAGCAUCCCCCACCUUCACUCCCCCACGGCCUGGAUGGCGCUGUAUGCAGACCGCUACACCUGUGGGGAGGGGGGCAUCAUCCCUGCCCACGGGGACCUGACCUUCACCAUCCUGCUGUUCAACCCUGACUCGGCAGGCAACCCCCUGGAACACUUCAGCGCUGAGGAGGCAGGCCUGCAUAGUUUCUACUGCCUGCUGAUCCUGGCCUACUUUGUGGCGUCCUGUAUCUACAUUCAGCCUCUGUGGAUGGCCCUGAGAAAGGGUGGGCCUAUGCACACGGUGCUGAAGGUGCUCUCCACAGCCUUGGCCCUACAGGGGAUCUCUGCCCUCUUCAACUACAUCCACCUGGCCAGGUAUGCCAGGGACGGAGUGGGCAUUCCUAUCAUGGGCAGCUUGGCAGAAUUCUGUGACAUGGUAUCCCAGGUGUCCAUGCUGUACAUGCUGCUGAGUCUGUGUGUGGGCUGGACCCUGAGCAAGAACAGGAAGCCCCAGAGCAGACCUCUCCAGUGGGACUCCUCCCCCGCCUCCAAAGCCCUCGCUAUGGGAGGGGUCGCCACACAGGGGGCGCUACUGCUGUGGGAGCAGUAUGAGGAGACUGAGCACCACAGCUACCACGCCCAGCGCAGCAUAGCGGGUCUGUUACUCAUAUCUCUACGUAUCAUCCUGGCCUUGUUGCUGGCCUCUGUGCUCUACACCAUCAUCAGCACAGAGAGGAGCGCCCUCAAGAGAGACUUCUACCUCAGCUUCGCCAAGGGUUGUUUUAUCUGGUUCCUGUGCCACCCUGUGCUGGUCCUACUCUCUGUGGUCUUCAACGAGCAUCAGAGAGAAAAGGUUGUGACAAUCGGUGUGAUUCUAUGCCAGGCGAUCUCGGUGGUGAUCCUCUACCAGCUUUUCCUGUCCCGUAGCUUAUACUGGGAAGUAUCUUCUCUCUCCUCUGUCUCACUACCCCUCACCAUGUCUAGAGGGGUCCGGGGACGCUACUGACCCCGCGUGCAGGGGGAACACUUUCACUGUGACACCUGCAGUUCAAGGGACAAUACUUCCACUCCUCUCCACUCACAGACGGGUGAGGAAAGAGCGGAGGGUGGGAUGGAGAGAAGGAAGUAGGAAGUUCACCCACAAAUAUAGAAGAGGAAUGAUGGCCUGCUCAUGUAUCUGGAUAGCACACCUAUUUAAUACCCUCCCAAACAGGAUGAGAGUGAGACCUGGGUUUAAGCGCACAUAAAGUAUGUAUGUAAAUGACUCAUUUGUUAGUAUACAACAGAUGUGGACACAGGUAACUGCCAAAAUAAUGGUAACACUUAAAAGCAGGUGCUUCCACACAGGUGUGGUUCCUGGGUUAAGCAAUUCACAUCCCAUCAUGCUUAGGGUCAUGUAUAAAAAUUCUGUCUGCCAUGGCUGUGGCCCUACAGGAUGAUAAUGCCCCCAUCCACAGGGCACGGGUGGUCACUGAAUGGUUUGAUGAGCAUGAAAAUGAUGUAAACCACAUGGCAGUCUCAGUCACCAGAUCUCAACUGGGGACGGUGUUUUCCACCACCAUCAACAAAACAUCAAAUGAUGGAAUUUCUCAUGGAAGAAUGACGUCGCAUCGCUCCAAUAGAGUUCCAGAAUCUAUGCCAAGGUGCAUUGAAGCUGUUCUGGCUCGUGGCACAACGCCCUAUUAAGACACUUUAUGUUGGUGCUUUCUUUAUUUUGGCAGUUACCUGUAUGUUAGUCUUAUUUACAAUUGUAAUAUGUAUGUAUGUAUGUAUGUAUGUGUGAAAUUGUGUUUUAUUUUGAAUGUCAAACUUUGGCUGGAUUUGAUGUCUCUUUUUCAUUUUCAGACAGAGUAUAAGACUCCCAAAAUGUUUAUAAUAGAUUACAAUGAAAGGUUACUGAUUGUCAAAUUCCCUGUUAAGUCUUAUUCAUUGCCGAUAAAGAUAUCCAGGCGCGGACUGAAAUACAUUUGUUUACCGUUGAUCCAUAGAGAUAUGGAUCCAUGUUCAGUGUGGUAAAUCUCAAACCAAUAAUAUAGUCUGAUCUUAACUCUGUCAGAAAUAGAAAGUUGCGUCGUUUUUUUUAACAGAGUUGCUUCACACUGUUUUACUGCUGUUUCAUUCUAUUGUCGUCAAUUGAUGGUUCUUUCUACGAGGUUCAGGUUUAGGGUGUGCUGAAGCUAUUACAGAAAUCUCAUGGAAUCUUUGUAUCAUCCCCAGCACUCCAACACUGCAGCUAGUUGCAUGUGUGAGAAUCAUAUUACUAUUAUUAUUUGUGUAAUUAUUGAAUCAUACUUGAAUAUGAACGCUUGGUAUUGUUUUGUCUGACAUUGGAGCUAGACAUGUGUAAUGUUUAAAUGCAGCUUUAUUUUCUUUCUCAAUCGUCGCAAGUGCCUGAGAAGACAAUCACUUGGCUAGUAGAGAAGGUACCUGUGUUUGUCUAUGAAAAGAUGGGUUUCACAUUGACAUAGGUAACCAGUCUGAUAGUUAAGUUAUGCGGAGAUAUUGGGGGGGGGGGUCAACAGAGCAGUGACUGUGUAAUGUUCCUAUUAAGGCUGUUUAAAUUCAUUACUGUAUACUUUGUAAAAUAAGUCUUUAUCAGAUGCUGAUGCAAUACAAGAAAAUGUCUGCAGGGGGCAGCAGUUCUCUUGAUCUGUUACAGUAGACCAGCGUUUCUCAACCCUGGUCCUCCAGUACCCCCAACGGUAAACACUUGUAUUGUAACCCUGGACAAGCACAGCUGAUUCAACUUGUCAACUAAUCAUCAAGCCCUCAAUGAGUUGAAUGAGGUGUGCUUGUCCAGGGCUACAACGAAACGGUCUAUUUUUGAGCAAAGACACUGCUGUAGACUACUCUCAACCAAUGCACACUCAAACCACAGAAGUUACCAGUGUCUUUGCUCAAACUGCCUGCAUUCUCAUUCAACAAUCAAACACAUGAUAAUUCUGGAAGGACAAACCAUGAAAUGCCACUACGACGCUCCACCUUGAGUACACAAACAGUUUUCUGCUCUCCACUUCCUCAAACGGAUCUAAUAUCAAACACUAACAUCAGAGCUAAGCCAAGUCAGUCUCACUUUAUUUGGGUAGUUGCUUGCAGAUAGAUAAUCAUCUUUGGUUGGUCAUUGGUUUCAGUCCUUCUGCUAUGAAUUCCAGUAUGUGACACUAAAUAGGCCAAUAUAACUAGUAGCCUACACAACACAGUCAAAGAUGUGGAAACAUGUUGUGGAAUGUGGUUAAACUAACCCCAGACUUCUAAACAAUAAACAGUUAAAAGCGGAA